GUUUCUAGCACUAAGUAACAGUCAAUUCAUAGAAAGCAGGGUGUACGAAGAUGAUGCUGAUAUCUCCACCGAUAGUGCGCCCGCGGUGGAAACCCCACAAAAACCCCACAAUCAAGAAUCGGACUUGGAAGCAAUCAAGAACAGUUUGCGGGUGCUGCAGGACCACCAUGAGUCUGUCACCAUACUGAAGGACAGCGACACAGAGACCGACUCUGAUUGUGAAGAUGGGGAUAGGGUGGUGCUAAAAGCCAAAGAUCUUUAUUCGGAGCGUCCGCUGCCCUAUAUUAUCGGAUCAGAGGCUUGGAAAAACUCUUGGCAUGCAGGUCUUAUACCAGAAGACAGUGACUCAGAGAGUGGUUCGGCGGGAAGGGAACCGCCGUCCCCGCAGUAUUCUGACUCCGAACCCGAGGACAUACAGGUCACGAACAAAGCUAACACUACCAUAUCGGAAACAAGUUCAGAUAUAGCUUCGGAGCAAGACACGCCUAUGCCACUGCCGAAGUCAACUCCGGCGGAUAUCGCGGCGGAUCUGGCGAGACGGCUCGGUGCACAGCAGCCGAAGAUGAAAGAACCGGAACCUGAAUACUCGCCUCCCAAGACUGUCUCGAAAACUAUUUACAAGCCACAGCAACCCCAAACAGGUACAAUAUUCACAGACGAGCCUCCACCACUGGAUUACCAGUCGGAAUCCAGCGAGGAAGAUAUUUUUGCUGAAGUGAGGAUAAACAGGCCUAAAAUGACUGCGGUGGAUGAUCGUUUCGCAAGAACGGCGUUUGCUGAAGUGAAGGUUGCACCUCAACUAAGGAGCGAAGAAAGACCACUGUUUGAUGAUGAACCUGAUGAAUUUGAAGAUAGACCACCACCUGUACAGAAAACUGAGGAGAAACCUGCGUACAAAAAACCAGUUGGAGGAAUAUCAGUUUUUGGUACUAACAAAGGAGCAGAAACCAUCGGAGCAGCCAUUUUGAAGCGUAAUCAACGUAAAUCUUCUUCAGAAGAAGAGUCGGAUUACGAUGAACGCAGUCCGCCACCAAAAUAUAAAGCUGUGGAUCAAACAGAUUCAAUUAAAAAAGAAAAAGAUAUAUUCGAUGACCUUUUUGCUAAAUCUGCUAAUUUGGAAAAGAAAAAACAGGUAAACAAAGAUAAAGGUGAAGUCAAAAGUGUGGCAAAAGAUAAAGUAGAUUUGUUUAGCGAUAAUCUUUUUGAUGACGUCAACGAUUUAUUUACUACAAAUGUCAUGAAAAAUAAAAACAACCAAAAGUCAAUUUUUGAUGAUGAUGAUGAUGAUCUUUUUGCCGAUAUUGGUAUUUCAGUUAAUGCUAAGGUGAAUGAUAGAAAUAAUGAAGCUGUAGGUAAAAAUAAUAAAAGCAUAUUCGAUAGCGAUGAUGAAUUGUUUGCGGAUCAAUCUCCGGCCACUAAUAAUAAGAGUAAAGAAUUUACUGAUGUUUAUACAAACGAUAAUAAACCUGGCUUUAUUGGUCACAAAAACAUUGAUAAAACAAAAGAAGUCACAAAUGCAGAAAAGCCGACCACAAGCGCUAUCGAUGUUGCUAAGCCAAUUAUAUCCAAUCAGUCUAAUAUAAAGUCGACUAAAAUAACAAAAAACAUUUUCGACUCUGAUAGCGACAGUGAUAUUUUUGCCAAUUUUGAGAAAAAAGACACAGAGAGCAAAGAUGAAAAGAAAGAUAUUUUCGAUGUAAAAGAAAGAAUUACGGAUGUAGAAGAUAUUUUUAAAUCCAGUGAAACUAAAAAAGGAGUGUUAAAAAUUGGCGAUGAAAUAAGCAAAAUGCGAAGUCCAUCACUGUUUGAUGAUGAUGAAGACGAUGAGUUAUUUAGUGAUACACCAUCUAAAAAUAUACAGAAAACAGGUGCUUUAAAGGAACAUGCAAUUGGUGCUAUAAAUACUCUACUUACUAAAGAAGCUGAAAACCCAGUAAAUAAUAUCCCAGAAAUAACUGAUGUUGUUGAAAAAACAGUCCCAAGUGUUCUUAAAGAAGCUGUUAAAUCUGAAUCUUCGGAGGAUUUAAGUAGUGAAGACAAAAACGGUCUGCCUGAAAAAAUAGUAAGUGAUAUACUUACAGUACCAAGUCACAAUGACAAUAGUCAAAAAGAAGAUACAUUUGAAAGUAAGGUUAAUAAUCAAAAUGAUUCAAUUCUUUCAUCCGAAAAUAAAGAAACAAAAAUACAAGACACGGAAACUCUUAUAUCCAAUGAAACCAAGUCUGAAUCAGGAACAAACCAACCUAUGCCUUCAAUAAUUGAUGAUAUUUUUAUAGAAAAAGAUACCUUAUUUAAGAUGGACAAAGAUCCAAUUUCCGAAGAUAUUUUUGAUGAUGAGCCACCUGUGUUUGAAAAACCAAAAGAACCAAAACGAAGCAAGAAUGUCAAUGCAUUAUUUGACGACGACUCGGAAGACGAAGCCUUGUUCUUCAGAAAGAGUGAUAUGGAUGAUAAAUCAGAAAAUUUCACUUCAACUGUCCAAUCCGAUCGUCUUUUUGGGAUAUUUCACGACGAGCCGCCAGCUAUUGAUAAUAUUGAAGAUGAUUCUGAUAUUUUUAAAUCUGGCUCAUCGACUAAUUUGAAGGAUGAAAAUGUUAAAGAAUUUAGCAAAGCGAGGGAAGAACCCGAUUACUUUGAAAAUAUACCUCCAGCGGACUUAAUUAAAAAUAUUCCUGAAAAUGAAGUUGAUCACGAAAAUGUAACAACACUAAAAACUCAGUCCACUUCCAAAGACAAUAAUAAUUUAAAUCAUCCUAUCAAUAUAGAAAAAUCUGUAUCACAGAUAAUUGAAGAUAAAAAUAAGUCUCUAAACAUCCAUGAAGCAUUUAGCGAAAUAAAAGAAGACGAAUUUGAUGAUAUAUUCAAAGCAGCAAAUAAAGUUGUUAAUAUUGGUAAUGACGAGAUAUCGGAAAUAAGUAUAGAAGAUUUUAUUAAUAAAAAUGAAAGUCAAAAUAAAUCUAUAAAAAUAUCUGAUAACAUAUUUAAUAACUCAGGUAUAUCAACUACACAAUUACCUGAAGAUGUACCUGCUUCAAUAAAAUCGGGGAUAGAAUUCGAUUCAGACGAGGAAUUGUUUAGAACAUUGCCAAAACCAGAUAAGCCUAAAGUGCCUGAAAUUUCGCCUAGCGAUGAAUUAGAUAAAGGAGCUUUAUUAUCAAAACAUGGUGAAAUUGAUAUAAAUAACAAAUUAAAUAAAGAAAACUUUUUUAAAGCUGUACACAAAGUUGAAAAUGUAUUAGAAAUAUCAGAAAAAAUUCAACCAACAAAAAUAUCUGAAGAAAAUUUAGAACACAAACCAGAAUUGUCUAAAAAAGACCUCCAGAGCAAAAACACAGAUAUUAAAAAAGUAGGAAGGAUAAAAUCUCUUAACUUGAAUAUAGAUGUAUCUACACUUCUCCCUGGUGCUUCUCCGAAGAAACAAAAAGUAGAAACUCCAAAAGACAAGGAUUUGGAAGUCGUGUCAGAUUCUACUUCCGAGGAAGUAGUUACCACGCGUCUAACACCAGAAAAUGAGUCGAAAAUGGUUAAAUCUAUAAGUUUUGAAGGAGAACCAAAUUCAGAGGUAUUAGAUAACAAACUGUCAAAAGAAAGAGCUAGAAUUCAAGUCAAACGUAGGCCAUCAACAAGAAGAGCUAGACGAGAAGCCGUCAGAAAGUCAGCUAUAGACUUUGACGAUUCCACAGACAAUUCUAGCUCUAUAGAUGAUCCGCCAAAAAAUGUUAAAUCGGAAAGUCCAUCUAAAACAUUCGAUGUCAAGACUGUACUAACCGAAAGUUCCUCGAAUAUUCUUAAUACAGAUAUAAAAGAUUCUAGAAUAGAUAAUAAAGAUGCUAUAAUUUCUAAAAUAGAGCAAGUGAUGCCUAAAGACAAAGAAAUCAGCACAGAUAAUGCGGCAGAGAAACCGAAAGUCACUUCAAAAGUAGUUUAUAUUUUGAACGACGAGGACAUAUUUAAUACUAAACCAAAUGAUAAAGUUGAUUUAUUUAAAAAAGAUACUCCGAUAUCAACACUGGGUAAUAUGUGCGCAGAAGUUACAAAAACUGAGACUAAACCUAUUGUAAGUGAUAGCGCCAAAAAACCAUCUAAAGUCAGUAUUUUUGGCUCCGACAGUGAAGAGGAAUUAUUUGGUGGCAAAAGUAAAGAUAAGAAGAAAGUUGAAGUAAAAGGUUCUCUGUUCGGUGAUGAUGAUGAUGAUGACUUGUUCGGUGUUAAAAGCAAGAAGGCUGAUUUUACAAAACCACAAACAUCCAGAACUGCCACAAAAGAAAUCGAGAAAUCAGAGCCAGUGUUUGACGAUCCUUUGUCUAUGCUCGACGACGAUGAAUAGACAUGUUUAUGAUAGUCUACAUUAUAGACAAUAUCGGCGAAACGAAUUGUCUGUGGCAAAGUUUUAAUAGCAGUUACAGUGUAAACACCUGUGUAAACGCUUUUUUUUUUUAAAUAUGUAGAUAGUUUUGCCGUUUUCAAGAUGAAGUGAAUAGCGAUGUAGUUGAGUCGACAUUUAAUCUGUUGUCAAGAAUAUGAAAUACUAAAAUGAACAUAAAAAUUUACUCAAUUAAAAAAAAAAAUAUGGACCUAACGGUAGGCUUGAGUGCUUCUUUGUUGUCGUCAUCAUUACAGGUCUCAAGAGCAAGAGAGAUAGCAAGAUGUCCUUAAUACGCGCCAUUUAUAUAUUUUCAUAAUGAAUUACCGCGUCGCUUUUCAAUUAUGAUCUAUAAAGCCAUUAUGUUUCACAUUAUAAACGUAUAGAAUAAAAAAUAUAAUACUGCUCUCUGCUCUCUCAAAUGAAAACUAUUCUGAAUGAAACUUUCUUACUUCAGCAGUGUUUUUACAACCUGCAAGUUUUAUUAGAAAAUACUUGUAUGGGUUUAUAAAAAUAAUACAACUGUUUUGUAUGUUAAGUUUAUAAAAUGUUAAUUUUGAUAUAUAUGAUGUCUAGUUCUAUAGAUAAUGAAUCUUGAUAAUAAUAUCAAUGGUUGAAAUGCUAAUUGACUUGAGCGAAAUUUUUUUGCGACAAUAAGUUUCAUACGUUUUUAUUUUAUAGCUUUAAAUGUCGAUACGAGCUUGCCGUUCGCCUGAUGGUAAGCGAUACCACUACCCAGAAACAGGUGAAUCACCAUCCAACACCUUGAAUUACAAAGUAUUGUUUGGUAUCCUACUGCGCUUGCCAUCCUAAGACAUGAGAUGUUAAGUUUUCUAUGUUCUAUGUCCAGUAGUUACACUGGCUAGAAUAUCCUUCAAACCGGAACACAACAGUGACUACACAUUGCUGCUUGGCGGCAGAAAUAGACAUUGCGGUGGUACCUACCCAGGCGGACUCUCACAUAUAAGAAACCUACCAGCACCACCAUACAUAUUUAAAACCAGCACAUUUUUCUAUGUUUUGUUAAAUUAGUAAUUUUUUUUCGAAAAUAAAUGUCGCUUAAGACAAUUACCCUUUUAACCGUUGAUAUAUAAAUUAAUGAAAGAUGAACGCUAGUAGACACAAACAAAUCGUUUCGCUGAUUUACAUGUAAUUAAAAUAUAUAACAUUCCAACAAUUUUUAUGUUUGUUCAAUCAAAUAUUUAUAAUUGGUUAUUGUGAUUUUUAUAUGAAAUUGUUACGAUAUAAAAUAAUAUAUUUUCAUAUAAUAUUAGUUAACGAUUGUAAAUAAAUGCUUGUUUUAUAA